AUGUUCACAAUCUAUCUAUCUAUCUAUCUAUCUAUCUAUCUAUCUAUCUAUCUAUCUAUCAAGAUGUCCAUAUCUAUCUCGCUAAUCAUGUCGCACCCACUCACUCACUCACUCACUCACUCACUCACUCACUCACUCACUCACGCACUCACUCACUCUCUCUCUAUCUAUCUAUCUCCGUAUAAAUCUAUCUAUAAUAUUCAGAGGGGAGCUUGGGAACACAAAGUUAUUUCUUUCUUUCUUUCUUUCUUUUCUUUCUUUCUUUCUUUCUUUCUUUCUAUCUAUCUUUCUAUCUAUCUAUCUAUCUAUCUAUCUAAGUCUAUUCAUAUCUAUCUAUCUAUCUAUCUAUCUAAGUCUAUUCAUAUCUAUCUAUCUAUCUAUCUAUCUAUCUAUCUAUCUAUCUAUCUAUCUAUCUGCUUAGAGGCUGAAAUACUUUGGUAUAUCUUUAAUGGUCCCACUUUCCAUCCGUAUAUCUUCUUGUAUAUCUAUAUCUGA